UCCUUCUCCUCCUCAUAACUUUAGUCUCCCAGAUUUCCUGCAUUUCUAAUCAUUUUAUAAGGGAGGUGUGUUCAUGUACUGGUCUCUCUGCAGUGGGUAGGGGUUUCUUUCUUGGAGCUGAAGAAUUGCAAGCAGUUUACAUUGGUUUAAGAGAUGUCUCUCUUGGAGUAUACAGCAAUGUUAAGUAGAUUUUGUAAUAUGUUCUGGGUCAGGAUAUUAUGUUGCGCUGCUGCAAUGUCAGUGCUGCUGAUUUCUUCAGUUUGGAUCUGGCACCAGCGGGGGUCUGUGAUAUUAACAGCGGGCAAGGAUGAGCUGUACCAAGUUUCUCACCAUUUUGAGAGAAGCACAACCACCAGAAAGAAACGAUAUACCAUUAACCCAAUGGGGGCCAAAUGGAAUCAUUCAAACCUGACAUACAAGAUUAUCCAGUUUCCCAACACACUGAAUAAAGAGGACACAGAGAAAGCUCUGGCUAUCGCCUUCCGCAUGUGGAGUAAAGUAUCAUCUCUCACAUUCCAACGUGUACAGCCAAACCAAGCUUCGGACCUUAGCAUAGGAUUUUACUCCUUUAAUCACAGUGAUUGCUGGAGCUCACCACUACAUCCUUGCUUUGAUGGUUUAAAUGGGGAGUUGGCACAUGCCUUUCUACCUCCACGUGGGGAGAUUCAUUUUGACAACCACGAGUUUUGGGUUCUUGGACCUUCCCGCUUCAGUUGGAGACAGGGUGUGUGGUACAAUGACCUGGUCCAGGUUGCAGCUCAUGAGAUUGGACAUGCUCUUGGUUUAUGGCACUCUAGUGAUAUCACUGCACUCAUGCAUCCCAAUGCUACGUACACAAGGACACGUCAUGUGACCAAUGAUGAUAUCCGAGCCAUACAACAUCUCUAUGGCUGCUCUGCUAAAGAUGGCAGCUGUGAGACAACGGAAGUACUGAAGGCCUGUGGGUCAGAAGGGCAGUGCCACCAUAAGUGUGACGGUUGUAAAGAUUCGCUUCCGCGUAACUCGACUGGUCAUAUAGUAAAAGUGAAGACACUGUAUGUUCCCAAAGGUCAGUCUGUCACCUUCAACUGCAGUGAAAACAAGACUCAACCACGCAAGAGAAUCAGUUGGUUUAAGGACAGAAGACGCAUCCUUUCCUCCUCCCAUGGACUCAUUUCAUUGUUCCCACAAUUUCUGGUCCUGCAAGCUGAUAAAGUGACUCAGGGACGCUACACAUGUGUUAUUCGCCAGGGAAGAGUUACCCUUGGGGGAAGGUCCUGGAAUCUACAUGUAACCUAAAAGGACAUUAAAGUUUGUUUUUUUACAUAUGCAUUUGGAAAUUAAUUACUGCAUUGCAAAAGAUUUGCAUACAAAACAUUGAAAAAUAUAUUAAAAAAUAAAUAAAAGCUGGCAUUUUGUUAGAAAAA